AUGACCAAGUGUUCGGGCACUUCGCCUUGCCUUUACUGCUCUCGAAAUCACAAGUCAUGUGUCUUUGUUCGUCCACCGUCUCGCACGCCUUUAACAAGGAAGAAUUUGGAAGAACUAGAAAAUCGAUGUGCCAAUUUGGAGAGGCUGUUGCAGAAGCUCAACCCGGAUGUUGACAUUGAGAGAGCCUUGAGAACAAUGAAAACGUCUGGCAAAAGCAAUGAGUCUUCACCUGGAGUACAAUGGUAUUCUGAGCCUACAAGGGAAAAUGCCCCUUCUGCAGACAAGUUUGAGUGGAACGAAUCUCCGAUGACCUCACCCUCGCAAACAGACGAUCUAGAUGGAAUGGCAUCACUCCCGACAGGAAGCACAGGGUCCGGAUAUCUUGGAAACAGCUCUGGGUCUCAUCUUCUAAGAACUAUCUCGAACUUGCUUCCUGGGUAUCCUGUCCCAGAGAACUCGCCUCGGGUUCCCAGUGCAACCAAAGAGCUAUCAAUAUCGGCAAAUCUGAGCAACACAGUUGUUUUAGAAAGCUUAGUUGACUCUUAUUUCAUGUUCUAUAAUCCGUCAUACCCAAUACUGCACGAGAAAACAUUUCGGCGGCAAUACCAGAGUCGUGCAGAAAUUGACGCCUGCUCGAGAUGGCAUUUGAUAUUCCAUAUUGUUUUAGCAAUUGGGGAAUGGAUUCUCGCUGGCGGGCCAGAGACGGAGCAGUCAAGAUACUACAUCGCUGCACGCUCACGCAUGUCGAUGCGUAUGCUGGAGUCAGGUACUCUCCUCACUGUGCAAGCCUUUCUUCUUAUGGGUAACUAUCUCCAGAAGCGAAAUCGGCCCAACACAGGGUACAACUUCAUUGGGAUUGCAUAUCGGAUGGCUCUUGGACUUGGCCUUCAUCGCGAGCCACCUGCGGUAACGAGCAAUGACACAUUAAUGCACGAACAAAGGAGGAUUGUCUGGUGGAUCAUCUAUUGUUUUGACAGUGGAUUGAGUCUCACCACCGGAAGACCAACCACGAUAUCUAACUCCUUCAUCGAAACUCGGUUUCCUCGCAACAUCGAUGAUUCCUCCUGCUCCAUGAAUUCGCCUCUCCCGGAACCAACGAACAAAACAACCACUUAUUCGGCCAUUAGUGCACAAGCACGUUUGGCAAUUAUCGGAAAUAUGGUCUACAGUGACGUGGUUGGUGCUCCGAAUGAAAAAUCAUUCAAUCCAAGUAUCUCACGCUCGCUCGAUCAUCAACUUCAAGCCUGGAAACUAUCCUUGCCUGACUAUUUUACGUCCCAAGACAUUCCAAGGUGGUUCCGUGGCCCGCGAGCAAUAGUAUGCUGGAAGGAGCAAAACUUGCAAAUGAUGCUGUGGUGGGGAACUCAGCGCUUGUGCAAGUUCCCACAGGAUAGCGAAGAGGCGUUUGUAAUGUGUCAAAAUGCUGCACUCAAAACUAUCCAGAGCAUCACAAUAUUUUGCGUUGACCAAGCUGAUGCCUUGCAUACUGGCCUCAGCUGGUAUGCCACUUACUUUCUUUUUCAGGCAGCCAUUGUUCUAAGUAUUCAUCAUCUGAAACCAUGUCAGCCCACAGACACGGGCCUGGCGGCAGUUCAUCAGGAACUCUCGGUUUCUUCCUUUUCGAAGUCAUGCGACUGCCUGGCUAGUCUAAGCCAGAAUAACAAAGCUGCAGCAAGGUGUCUGGAAGUCCUAAAUAGAAUCAGAGAUCGGUCUCAACCGGCACAGAGUCUGUCUACCCAUAUAGAAGACUCUGAAUUAAAUUCGCAUCCGGAUACUGCGCAACAACCAACCACACUCGAGAACACGGAUGUGCAUUCGACAAAUUACGAAAUCGAUCCUUCAUUGCAGAUUUUCUUUCAAGGUACUUCUUGGAACAAUGAAAUUUUUGAAGGCCUUCAAGGAUUUCCCGGUACCAAUGAAGUGGGAUUGUUUGAUUAUAUUCCUGAAAAUAGUUUCGAUGCACAUGUGAUUCCUGAUUGGUCUACGGACUCGGGCUUAGGACCUACUUAG